AUGCCCAAACGAAUUCCAAAAUCUUUGAAAAAGUGUCUCUCCAAGUUAAAGAAAUACCCAUCAAAUAUUCGAUCUUUAAUACCAUCUUCUUAUUCAUUCUCGAACUCGAAAAAUUUAAUCAUUUUAGGCUGCAAACAACCCAGAGCCAUAUCUUUUGCACUUGAUCGUAGUCAGAAAGAUGACAACAACAAUAAUACUAAUGCUGCAACACUCUUAGAUAUCGAUCAAUAUCUUUAUGAAAAUUUUGGAUCUCUUUACAUGAAUGACGGAGAAGAUGAUAAAAAGAAAGAAGAAGAUUGUGAUGAGGAUAAAACUCCAGAAAGGGCAUUGUUUAAUUCACAAAGGUUCAUUGAACAGUCAGUGCACCUUUGGGGUUCUCACCCAUUUUUCAAAGAAGCUCAUGACAGUUUCACCACCAACCCUAAGAACAUGGUGACUUUAACUUCACCUACAAACUGUUCCCCAAAUAAUGAUUCUUCUACAAUUUCUACUGAUUCCAAUCAUGUGAAGCUUCUAGGCGACUCCAUUGCAGUGUUGACAGAAUCUCUGAGUCCUUACAAUGAUUUUCGACGUUCCAUGCAGGAAAUGGUGGAGGCACGACUGCAACAUCAAGCCACUGUUGAUUGGGAUUUUUUGGAAAAGCUUUUGUUUUGUUACUUCAAGCUGAAUGAGAAAAAAUCAUACAAAUUUAUUUUAAGAGCAUUUGUGGAUUUGGUUGUGGGUCUUCGUGAGAACUAG